AUGGAAGCAUCAACAAUUACUGAUAGCCGGCCAGAGCCCAUUGAUCUGAGCCAUCUCUACUCCAAGGUCACUUCAAACCGGACCACGAGCAAUGUCAAAGACUUCUACAAGUACUUUACAAUCCCUGGGAUUGGUAAUUUGGCUGGAGGCCUUCCAAACAACAACUACUUCCCUUUCGAUACUCUCGAAGCUGCCGCAGCUCUACCCCAGCGCUUCAUUCCUACUCCCAACAAGCCCGUCGAUCCUCCCUCAGAGCUGCUAUCUAAGACCACACUCUCAAAUGGAAUCUCCUCAUCGCGAGUCGUUGUCCCAAAGACCUCAGAUAACCAAAAUGUCCUCCGCAAAAUCGACCUCAAGACCGCGCUCCAGUAUGGCACGGCCCAAGGGUACCCUCCGCUCUAUAGCUUCCUCCGCCAAUUCACCAUUGAGAACCUUCACCCAAACGUUCCAUACGCCGGAGGUCCUGAGAUCAUUUUGACAUGUGGUGCAACGGAUGGGUUCUGCAAGGCAAUAGACGCACUGAGCAAUACGUGGAACGAAGAUAGAGAUUGGAUUGGUCAUCGAGAGGGAUUGCUGGUUGAAGAGUUCUGCUACAUGAACGCAAUUCAGGCUGCGAAGCCGCGAGGACUAAACAUUGUUCCUGUAGCGAUUGAUGACGAGGGAAUGGUAGCCCAUGGUAGAGGUGGAUUGUAUGACGUCCUGGACAAUUGGGACAAAAGCAGGGGAAAGAGACCGCACAUGAUUUAUACCGUGACGAUCGGCCAGAAUCCGACUUCUGGAACCCUCAGUGUCCAACGCCGCAAAGACAUUUACGCAGUUUGUGUCAAGUUCGACGUGGUGAUUAUCGAAGACGACCCAUACUGGUAUCUCCAAUAUCCUUCGGCUAACGAGUCUUCCCUUGCCCACCGAGGUCGGCCUGCUGCCAAUGCUCAUUCAGAUCAUCCCGACCUUAACCCCCCCGAAUCACAAAAGUCCUCCGGAUAUCCAUUCCUCGAUUCUCUUGUCCCUAGCUACCUCUCUGUCGACUACCAAGGCCGUGUGGUCCGUCUCGAUACAUUCUCCAAGACUGUCGCUCCAGGUUGCCGCCUUGGCUGGAUAACCACCCAACCAAACCUCUGUGAACGACUGCUUCGCAUCACUGAGACUUCAACCCAGCAGCCUUCUGGCUUCGUUCAGUCGAUGAUCGCCGAGCUUAUAAUGGGGCCUCAUGACCCUAAGCAUGGCCGUGGCGGUGGAAAGAGCGAUGGGGGAUGGCAAGUGGACGGCUGGGUCCGCUGGCUUCAAGGUCUGCGUGGGAAUUAUGAGCGGAGGAUGCAGACCAUGUGCUCCAUUCUUGAAGGAGGAAAAGAGCUAGUCAAAUCUGGCCGCCGCAAGAGCAUCGAUAUUGAAUGGAGCGUCGUUGAGAAGGUCACUCUCUUUGAUUUUAUAUGGCCGCUUGGUGGCAUGUUCGUAUGGGUCCAUGUUAACUUCCCCUCCCACCCACUUUGGAACAAAACCACGCCCGCCAAGCUUGCACAGGGGCUAUGGGUCCAUUUGACCUCGAAGAAGUACCUGGUGCUGGUUGCGCCCGGCUCCAUAUUCGCUCCAACCGAUGAGAUCAGAGACAAGCGAAGUUGGGCGUACUUCAGAAUCUGUUUCGCAGCCGUGGACGAGCCCGAAGUCGAGGAGAUGAGCAGGCGGUUCGUCAAUGGGGUGAAGGAUUUCUGGGGAAAGAAGAGCUUGGAUGAUAUCGAGGAGAUGGGUACAAGAGGGCUCGAGGCAAGCGAGGGAUUGGCCGACUUAAUAGGCGGAUGUUGA